AUGGAAGAGCAAGACUCAGCUGGCCCUGGAACAGGAAGAGGCCAUGCCAGCCAAACUGGGAGCAGUGGGGGAUUCUGGGAAAACCCAGUGCAGAAGAUCCUGGGUGAGGAGGGCACUCUCCGCUCAGAGGUGCAGAACCAGCAGUUGAGGCAGUUCUGCUGCCAGGAGGCCAAAGGACCCCGAGAGGUUUGCAGCCGACUCUACCACCUUGACCAUCAGUGGCUGAAGCCGGAAAGGCACACGAAAGCUGAGAUGCUGGACCUGGUGAUCUUGGAGCAGUUCCUGGCUGUCCUUCCCCCGGAGAUGGAGAGCUGGGUGAGGGAAUGCGGAGUGGAGACCAGUUCCCAGGCGGUGGCCCUGGCCGAAGGUUUCCUCCUGAGUCAGGCAGAGGAGAGAAAGCAGGUGAGAGAAACUUCCCUCUGGAUACUCCCAAGGGGCUCCAAACAGAACAGAGAACAUCCCAUAAUGGUCUGCUGAUGUCCCAUCUGUUUUCUUGGAAAGCAUCUAUGAUAUCCCAUCUGUCCCAUGAUAAUAAUAAUAAUAAUAAUAAUAAAUUUUAUUUAUAUCCCGCCCUCCCCAGCCAAAGCCAGGCUCAGGGCGGCUAACAACAAACAAAUAAUCAAACAAUCAAAUAAUCAACAUUCUAAAACAUUUCAUUAUAAAAUUAAUUAAAAUCAAAUUAAUGGCAACCGUUAAGCAAAGUUCUGUGCAGGUUGCCGGAGGUGGGAGUCAGGCUGGGCCCUGACCAAAGGCCUGGUGGAACAACUCUGUCUUGCAGGCCCUGCGGAAAGAUGUCAGGUCCCGCAGGGCCCUAGUCUCUUGUGACAGAGCGUUCCACCAGAUUGGAGCCGCAGCCGAGAAAGCCCUGGCUCUAGUUGAGGCCAGCCUAACCUCUCUGAGGCCUGGGACCUUCAGGAUGUUUUUAUUUGCAGACCGUAGGUUCCUCUGUGGGGCAUACCAGGAGAGGCGGUCCCGUAGGUACGAGGGUCCUAGGCCGUAUAUGGAAUGAGAUCUCACACUCUUCAAGUCUUUGCCAUUCUCUGUCUAAUAUUUCUCACCAUUCUCUGUUUUGAAUCCUUGUUUCUUUUUCAGGGAAAGGAUCUCUUUGCAGAAAUGGACCUGGAUUCCUGUGAGGCAGAGAGGCCUCCGUUGAACACCAGAGAGAGGCCACUGGGUAAGGAGGAAGGUGGCUUUUGACCUGUUUGGCCUCAUUCUGUUGGUUUUCCAACUCAUCUGGGGUUCUUUUCAUCUUGCUUUGGGGGGAGACAGUUGGGAAGAAGGGUCCAGAGGAGGGGAGAUGUAUUUCUGCACAACUAACAUAUGAAAUGGGCACAAACGUCCAAAUGCUCUCAGCAGGUAAGGCUUUCUCAAAGGCCCAUCUGUAGUUAGAGAUGCCCUGUUUCACCUGUGAGAGAAGCAGGCACUCCUGGCGUCCUGUUUACCUUUGAUCUCUUGCAGGUGACAGAAGGAUGCCAGCAAGACUUCCUGAUCCGUCUUUUCAUGGGGACAGAAGGGAAGCAGCGGCUGUGGAACCAGAUCAGGUCAGGGGAAGCUGCCUUGUGGGGACAGAGGCCGAGGGAUGGAGCAAUGUCAUGGACUGGUUGGGCACAGAGGAAUGGUGGGAGGAAGCAGCUGGGGAACCUGGAAGGGAAGAUGGCUGAGAGCCCAAGAAGUAGAGGUAGAAGAAGGACUGGCGGUCAGAGGGAGAAGAGGGAGAAGGCUGGGAAGAGGAGGUGUCAGAAGCUGAAGGGGUUACAGCGGUUAGUGAGCUGGGAGACACUGUGGCAGAAUGCAGUGCAGAAUCAGAGGCAGAAGAGGAAGGAGGCGAGUGGGAGAGGAAGGUCGAGAGGCAGAGGUGAGUCAGGAGAAGGAGGAGCCACCGGUGGCUCCCUCUCCUUUUGCCAGAAGCCACCCUCCCUGCUUGUCUCUCAGAGCCAGGAGACCCCCUGCAAUGCAGGAAUCUCUGCUAGAUCAUCCAAGACAGAUGGCCGUUCAAAAUAGGCUUAUUUUAUUUCUAGAAUGAUCACUGAAUGCUAAAAUUGGUUUCUAAGCAGUGGACAAAUGAGAACAAAUAGUGGCCUGGAUUCACCUAACCAGCCCCAUUGGCUGCAAAAUGGGACUUGCCCCCCAUUCCUCCCCCUCUCCAUGCCCCCAUGAACCCCUGGAAUUUGGCUUUGGGGCAUUGGGAGGGAACUCCCCAGAACAGCUCAGGAGGAGAGGAGAAAGUGGACCCUUCCAUCAGGCAAACUGGAAUGCUUGUGUAGGCAGAAUGACUUGGAAAACACAAGGUGUAGUACCACCUAUAUGCACAAAGACGAAUACCCAUAAUUAAAACUUAGAAUAAAAUAAGCAUCCAGAAUUAAAAUGUGCAGCAAAGCAAUCCUGUUGAAACAACUCCCCCUGCAUGAGUGCCUGAGGGCCCUGCUCCUGCCACUCACCACCUUGCCCAGGGCGGGGCCUGAAGCCCCAUAAGGACUGCUUGUGCCCAGGAGGACUCCCCUGCAUGAGUGUCUGAGGGCCCUGCUCCUGCCACUCACCACCUGGCCCAGGGCAGGGCCUGACAGGCCUCAUAAGGAUGGUUGUUGUUGCUGCUGCUGCUGCUGCUGCUGGCCAGGAGGACGCAAUGUUCUUUUAAAAAUGUUUAUAAAAUUUUCUUUUUUCCCUUUUGAUUACUUUUUUUGUGGGGGGUGGCAUGGAUGUUUGGUUGGGUUCGGGAAUUAGAUUUUUUUUUUAUAAGGGUUUUAUUUUGUUCUUAAGGGGAGGGGUCAGGGCUGCCAGGUAGUGGGUCCCAGCCCACAAAAUAGCUGGGGCAUGUUCCAACGGGGGGGGGGGGGAUGCACUGGGACAACCGAUCUCAGUGAUCACGGGUAGGAGGAGGAGGUACGCUAAGACCAGACCAUGUCAUUACAGAGGAGGCAGGUUUAGUCGUUGUUUGAGGACUAUCCCUGCCUCUGGGUCUGGUCCUGACUGGACGGAUACUAGAAUCAGCAAGGGAUACCCACAUGACCUGAAGGUGCUGCUGUUCAAUGCCAGGUCAAUGAUUCAUAAAACCACUGCCAUCCAUGACUUGAUCAUGGAUGGAGGACUUGACCUGGCAUGUGUAACAGAGACUUGAUUGGCUGAAGCAGAUGGGCCCUCUUCGAUUGCAUGGAGCCCACUCAGCCCCGUGGUUUUCCAUGGAUCUGAGGGCAAUGAAACAAUCGCUGAGAUGGCUAGAGCGCCGGUGGCGGAUAACUCAUUCUGAAGCUGACCGGACACGGGUUAGGGUUCAAUGUCGAGCCUACUAAGUGGCGGUAGCGACGGCGAAGAAGACUUUCUGCAUCUGCAGAAAACAGCAGCAGGAGACUUUUUCAGGUGGUUUGCAAUUUAGCGGAACCACCUGCUACAACGGGGCCCAGUAUGGGCCACAUGAUCUCCUGCAAUGAUUUUGCAAAGUUUUUUGCAGACAAAGUCGCUCAGAUCCAGGAAGAGGUAGACUCCACCGUGGAGCAGGGCCGGGGCGGGAGAGUGCUAGUGUCCUGUCUAGUCAAGUUGUGUGGGAUCAAUUCCAAUCUGUUACCUCCGAGAAUGUGUAUACAGUGGUGCCUCGCAAGACGAAAUUAAUUCGUUCCGCGAGUUUUUUCGUCUAGCGAAUUUUUCGUCUUGCAAAGCACGAAAUCCCAUAGGAAUGCAUUGAAAUUCAAUUAAUGCGUUCCUAUGGUCAAAAAAAGUCCAAUCAAAGCCAAAUUUGGUACAACAAGAGUUUAUUAACUGCUCUUUAAAGUCACACAUACUUUAAAGAGCAUAUCAAAAUUGAAGGAACAAUAAAUUAAGUUUCUAAACAUGACAGGAAAAACAUUUAAAAAUCAAAAAGGGUACAUUACAUUUUCUAAGACUCUGGGGACCACUCGAAGAAGGUUCCUCUUCCACUCUUUGCUUCUUGCUGAGGAACCUGUCCAUGGUCUGCUGCUUCAUCCGCCUUUUCAGCAGCUCCCUGAGAGGCGACAUGACCGUCGUAUCAAAAAUGUUCGCUUGGUCAUGUGCCACGUGCUUGUCAGGGUGGUGCCGCUCUGCAAAAGCCUGCACCUCAUUCCACUUCUGGCAAAUGUCCCUCAGUUCUUUGGAGGACAGCCGUUCCUCAGUUGCUUCCUCCUCUUCCAGCGAGGCCUGCUCCUGCGCAACCUCUGACUGCAGUUCAACCAGCUCCUGGGUGGUCAGCUCGUGGUCGUGCUCCUCCACCAGCUCGCAAACGUCCUCCUCUGUGACCUCCAGGCCCAUGGUCCUCCCCAAGGCAACAAUGUCCUGCACCACUGUCGACUCUGGUGCAUCAGAGUCACUUGGUGCCACACAGUCCGGCCACAGGCUGCGCCAAGCGCAAUUCAAAUUCCUCUGGCUGAUCCCCUUCCAGGCCGUGGUGAUCAUCUUCAAGCAGGUGACGAUGUCGAAGUGGUCCUUCCAGAAUUCCCGCAGGGUGAUGGUGGUGCAAUCAGUCACCUCGAAGCAUCGCCUGAAAAGCUCCUUGGUGUAGAGUUUCUUGAAAUUGGCGAUGACCUGCUGAUCCAUCGGCUGGAGCAGUGGCGUGGUGUUAGGCGGCAGGAACAUGAUGUUGAUGAAGCUGAACUCCUCCAACAAGUCCACCUCAAGGCCUUUAGGAUGAACAGGAGCAUUGUCCAUCAGAAGCAAAGCCUUCAGCGGCAGGUCGUUGUCCAGCAGGUACUGUUUGACAGCAGGGCCAAAGGCAAGAUUGACCCAGUCCACAAACAGCACACGUGUGACCCAAGCCUUGCUGUUGGAUCGCCACAUGACACUCAGCCGCUCCUUGUCGACCUUGUGUUUCUUGAAGGCCCGUGGGUUCUCCGAGUGGUACACCAGCAGGGGCUUGAUCUUCAGGUCGCCGCUUGCGUUGGCACAGAAGAGCAGGGUCAGACGGUCCUUCAUGGGCUUGUGGCCAGGCAACUUGGCCUCCUCCUGUGUGAUGAAAGUCCUUUUGGGCAUCCUCUUCCAAAACAGCCCGGUCUCGUCGCAGUUGAAGACCUGCUGUGGAACGUAGCCCUCCGUCUUCACAACCUCCAGGAACUCCAAGGCAAAGUCUUCAGCCGCAGGAACAUCAGAACUGGCAGCCUCCAUGCCUGACCAUGCUAUGGAUUCCGGAUCUUGCCUUGAACCGGUCAAACCAGCCUCUGCUUGCCUUGAAGACUUCUGGCUCGGCCGAGGUUCCUGGCUGUUCCUGGAUGAGGUCUGCGUGCAAGGCCUUGGCCUUCUCACAAAUCACGGCCUCAGUCACUGUGUCCCCUGCACGCUGCUUCUCUUCUAUCCAGAUGAGGAGCAACUUCUCGACCUCCUCCAGAACAGCUGGGCGGUUCUUCACGAUCCUGGUGACUCCCUUGGCUGCAUCAGUCGCAAGGAUCUUCUCCCUCAUCUUCAGGAUGGUCCCGAUGGUCGAUGGGUUCCUGCCGUACUCCCUGGCGAGGUCCGUCACACGCAUUCCACCGUCGUGCUUCCGGAUGAUCUCCUUCUUCAUCUCCAGCGUCACCUUCUCCUUCUUCCUCUCGCCGGCCUCCGCAGCAGCAGCAGCAGUCUUCUUGGGUCCCAUGGCAGCACAGCUGUUACCUUUGUAAACUCAGAAAAAGAAAAAAAAUCAGCAAUUCAAACCCAACACCAAGUCCUUGAAUUCUAAACACCCCAACCCAAAAUCCCAAAAACCCAAAAAAAGUUUUAAAAGUUUAACUUACGAAAUGGCUGCAAAUCACCAAAGUCUUCAAAAUCCUCAAAUGGCUGCAAAAGAAGUUUUGGGAAAGCUUUAAAAAUCACCAAAGUCUUCAAAAACCUCAACUGUUCCCCCCGCCCCUCCCCAGCUGUUGCAAACCCCUCCUCAACUGUUCCCCCAGCCACCCAGCACACAGAAAUUCAAAACCCAGAAAAUUUUUCAAAAAAAACACAACAUGGCCCAAUGGUUACAGAAAACCAUAAAAAUUCAAAAAAAACCACACAAGCUCCCAGAUUCGUGCAAACCCCUCCUCAACUGUUCCCCCAGCCACCCAGCACACAGAAAUUCAAAACCCAGAAUUUUUUUCAAAAAACAACAACAUGGCCCAAUGGUCACAGAAAACCAUAAAAAUUCAAAAAAACCACACAAGAUCCCAGAUUCUUGCAAACACCUCCCCAGCUGUUCCCCCAUCCACCCAGCACACAGAAAUUUAAAACCCAGAAAUUUUUUUCAAAAAAAAACAACAUGGCCCAAUGGUCACAGAAAACCAUAAAAAUUCAAAAAAAACCACACAAGCUCCCAGAUUCUUGCAAACACCUCCCCAGCUGUUCCCCCAUCCACCCAGCACACAGAAAUUUAAAACCCAGAAAUUUUUUUCAAAAAAAAAACAACAUGGCCCAAUGGUCACAAUGUAAAGCAUAAACCAUAAAAAUUCAAAAAACCACACAAGCUCCCAGAUUCUUGCAAACACCUACCCAGCUGUUCCCCCAUCCACCCAGCACACAGAAAUUUAAAACCCAGAAUUUUUUUUCAAAAAAAAACAACAUGGCCCAAUGGUCACAAAAAAUCAUAAAAAUUCAAAAAAAGCCACACAAGCUCCCAGAUUCUUGCAAACACCUCCCCAGCUGUUCCCCCAUCCACCCAGCACACCGAAAUUAAAAAACCAGAAAUUAUAUUCAAAAAACAACAACAUGGCCCAAUGGUCACAAAAAAUCAUAAAAAUUCAAAAAUAACCACACAAGCUCCCAGAUUCUUGCAAACACCUCCCCAGCUGUUCCCCCAUCCACCCAGCACACAGAAAUUCAAAAUUCAAAGCCAGAUUUUUUUUUAAAAAAAUAAACAUGGCCCAAUGGUCACAGAAAAUCAUAAAAAUGCAGAAAAAACCACACAAGCUCCCAGAUUCUUGCAAACCUCUCCCCAACACCAAGUCCUUGAAUUCUAAACACCCCAACCCAAAAUCCAAAAAAACCCAAAAAAGUUUUAAAAGUUUAACUUACCAAACAGCUGCAGAAGAAGUUUUGGAAAAGCUUCAAAAAUCCAGCAAACUCUUUAAAAAGCUCAGAAAGGCCACCACACCGCGUGCAAUGUGUUGCUCCUCGAGGUCAAGUCGCAACUGCACCUCUUCCAGCAAUGCACCCUGGGUUUUAACGGUUUUACGAAAAAGGAAACAAACUUGCCCACAAAGACAAAUACCCAUAAUUAAAACGCAGAAUAAAAUAAGCACCCAUAAUUAAAAUGUGCAGCAAAGCAAUCCUAUUGAAACAAAACCGCAAUUAACAGGAAGGAAACAACAGAGCAUUGUGUAGCAGAUCAUAUUUCUGCUGUCUCAGAGGAGGACAUUUCCUUUUUCUUUUAGGGUCCAGUGUGCUUUGAAGAUGUUGCUGUUCGUUUCACGGACGAGGAGUGGGCGUUGCUGGAUCCUGACCAGAGAGCUCUGCAUAAGGACGUCAUGGAGGAGAAUCGUGGAAUCGUGGCCUCUCUUGGUAAGGCUCCCUGUGGGAUCAUCAUAUCUGCCUGGAAAUUCAAAAAAUACCUCAAUGUGACCAACCUCAUCUAUUUUCACAGAGCUCAACAGCACCCCCUAUAACACCUGGGAACCUAACACCCCCACAAUAAAGAGUAAAUUACAGUUUUUUCUUUGAACAAUCUUGUUAGGUAAGAAUUUAUUGCUUUACUGUUGUGGUCCGGCACGCUCCCCUGCAACUCUGCAGGUCGUAAAGCAAUUAGCAGAAUUGCACAGCAGUUCGUGUAGAAAGGGCAGUAAAAGUCCCACACGUUUCUUCUUUCCUAGUAGCACUUUAUUUGCUCAAAAAUAGCAUAUUUACAGUUCAUAUACACCAUCUGAUUCCAGUUGCAUUUUGCGACCUUCUCUCUCAGCUUGCAGCUGCGGAACAAAGCUGCUUUCACUUUUCACUCAGCUCACAGCAUUCCAAGCUGUUUUCGUCACGUCCUGGCUUACUUCCCUUGUAAGCGCCUCCUCUCAGCCUCGAGACACAGAAGGUUAACCCUUCACUACACCCAACACCCCCUCUUGUCUCGCGCCUGAGGGGAGAAUCGACCCUUGGUCGUCCCAAACCCAGACCUUCACAAAACUCCCCAUGUCUUUGGAAGGUGAGUGGCUUCGUGAACCCAUCAGCUAGGUUCUUGGCAGAGGGACAAUACUUCAGCGCAACUAAUCCCUCCUGAACACUCUGGCACACAUUCCGAAAGCGAAUGUCUAGGUGUUUAGUUCUGGCCUUGAACUGACCUGACUCUGCCAAACGCAGGCAUGGUUGAUUGUCCUCGAAAACACGUAUCGGCAGACAAUCCACUUCGCAAAGUUCCUGCACCAAACAAGCAUAGAACUCUACUUCUCUGCACAUCUCUGAAAGAGCACUAAACUCAGCCUCAGUGGAUGAGAGCGCUAUCAGACUUUGCUUCUUGGUCCUCCAUCCAACUACUGAGUUCCCAAACUUCACCACUAGGCCAGACACAGACUUGCGAUCCUCAAGAUUAGCCCAAUCCGAGUCCACAAAGCAAGUCAGUUUCACUUCUCCUUGUGCUGGCAACCUAAGACAAAAGUCUUUGGUCUCCUGCAAAUACCUCAGAACUCUCUUGAUGCCAUUCCAGGCUUGCACACUAGGGUUUGAUGCUUCCCUGCUGAGCAGAUUGACAGCAAACGCUAUAUCAGGUCUGCUCCACUGGGACAAGUACAACAAACUCCCUAGGGCUGACUGAAACACUUCAGUAUUUUUGAACGCAGCGCGUUCUACUUGCUGGCUGUCCUUCACAAAACUAGUCUCCAUAGGACUUCUCACUCCUGCACAAUCACUCAUCCUGAAUUUCUGAAACAGUUGCUCAAUUUUACCUCUCUGGCUGAGCAAAAAACUUCCAUCCUGUGCACGCUCAACAUUGACACCUAGAUAGGUUUUGACAGCACCAAGCUGUUUAAGCUUGAAUCGUUUACCUAGCUCUUUGGCAAACUUCUCCGCCUGUUCAUCUGUUUCUGAGACGAAAAGCACGUCAUCAACCCAAAUCAUCACCAGUUCCUGUGAGUCUCCUGAUCCUCUAAGGAACAGGCAACUGUCAGCAAGACUCUUCCUGAAACCUAGCUUCUCCAAAGCUUCAUUCAGGCACAUGUUCCAGUUUCUAGCAGAUUGACGUAAUCCAUAGAUGGAUUUGUGCAAUCUCCACACAACAUCUUGCCUUGAGUUCUCAAACCCCGGAGGAGGAAUCAUGUACAGCUCCUCCUGGAGAUCUGAGUUAAGGUAGGCAACAUCCACAUCAAAGUGGUUUACCUUCCAGCCUCUCUGUGCUGCACAAGCUAAAAGCGUUCUCAGAGUCUCCGCUCGUGACGUUGGCGAAUACACCUCCGUGAAGUGUAUUCCCUUCCUCUGAGUAAAUCCUCGAGCAACUAACCUGGCUUUAUACUGCGGCUCUCCAGCAUCAGUGGGUUUCAAGCGGUAAACCCAUCUGGAACUCACAGCCUGCUUCCCGGUGGCAACUCUGUGAGUGAGAACACACCUAGAUCUUUCAUGGACUUCAUCUCUUUGUCCAUUGCCCUGUGCCACUUGCCUGCUUCUUCCUCAGGUAAACUCUGAAUAUCCUCGAAGGAUUCAGGUUCACAUCUUGCAGAACCUACCCAGACGCCUGAAGCGCCGUACCGAUCAGGAGGCCUCCUUGUCCUCGCUGAUCUCCUCAGUGUGACUCCUGGUGACCCUGCCGCUUCACUGGGUCCAGCUAAAUCAUCCUCAACUUCAGUGUCUUCCCCCUCUGACCUGCUGCGCCUCUUGGGCCUUACAGCUGGUCCAGCAGGUGAAGAAGGCUCACUCUUUGGCUCAAACUUGACACUUGCCUGAGGAGGUGUUCUAGGUUUCCCCCUCUGAGGGAUCCUGAGCUGUCCCUGCCUUGGACUCUGUCCCUCUGGACCGUGGUCCCCAGCUCCAAGUUCCUCCUCCUCCUCGUCUGAGUCAUAGAACUGCUGUGGAAGCACGUCUGGAUUAGCGUGCAGACGUUUCCAACCAGCUUGCUCACAGAACUCAGCGCUAUUGCUGAUAACCAACCUAGACUGGUCUCCACUUGGGUAUGCAAACCUCCAGGCCUUUGAGCCAGGCUCAUACCCUACAAAGAUCAUUCUUCUAGAUCUUGGCUCACCUUUCUUGCGUAGAGCCUUUGGAAUAAGCACCCAAGCCUCACAACCAAACACACGAAGGUAGUGUACCUUGGGCUUAUCUCCAUGAAGUAAGAAAUACGGUGUAUUUCCUACACUAGAGUUGUACACUCUGUUCUCGGUAUGGACCACAUAUCUCCAGGCCUCCGACCAAAACUUCUGGGGUAGCCCUGCGUCCCACAGGAUCGCAGACACAGCUUCCUGCACCGUCCUGUUCUUUCUCUCUGCCACCCCAUUCUGUUGCGGAGAGUAAGGAGCGGUCAGUCUGUGGCUAAUCCCUUCUCCCUAAAGAAAUCCUGUAAAGCAGAACCAGUGAAUUCAGCACCUCUGUCACUUUGAAAACCACGAACUUUGGUGGAAAAGGUUACCUCAACUGCGGUGAUCCAAUCCCUGAUCAUUUUAGCCGCCUCCCUUUCGUUUUCAGAGAGAAGGUCCAAGCAGACCUCGAAAAAUCAUCAAUCAAAAGCAAAGAAUACCUAGAACCUCCCAGUGACUCAACAGACAUGGGUCCACACAAAUCUGCAUGGAUUAAUUCAUAGGGUUGCGUGGUCUGCCUCUCUGACUUUGGAUAUGAGCAUGUCACAACUUUCGCCUGUUUACAUGCAUUGCAAUCUAGAAAUUUGUCACAAACAUUAAAUUUGCACCCUUGUGUCAGCUCUGGUGCUUUCUGGAGAAAUUUCCAAUUUAAAUGAGUGAAGCGUCUGUGCCAAAUAUGUGUACAACCAUUGUGGGGCGCUACAUUCACACAUUGGCCCUUCGCAUCUUCGGUGUCAUCCUCUCCUGUGGAAAAAGGCACAUUUACAGCAAACAAAUUAUCUUUAGACUGCACUGUGUACAUGUGUUUCCCAUCCUUGGAAAAUUCACAUUUGUCACCUGCAAAAGAAAUUUGAAAAUUAUCAAUCAAUAGAUCAUGCACACUUAACAAACAGUUAGUUAAACCGGGCACUGCAUAAGCUUUGACUUCAUGCUUAAGAAAAGGACAGAAGAACAGUCCUGUUUCUGUCAGCCUUUUCUGCUUCCAUCUGCAAACUUAACAUACUUCUCAGUUUUUACUGUCCUGCAAUUCCUCAAAAGAUCAGCAGAUGGCACUAACGAAUUUGACGCACCACUGUCAAUGAUUAUAGUGAGAAAGUCUUGUUGUUUACAUUCCUGGGUCGCCAGGGCAACAAUCUCUUCACUACCCCCCUCCUUGGGGCUUCUGCAGAUGUCCUCUCUGGUUGUCAUGGCAACAGACUCCCCGGCAGGAAGACUUGCCCACGACCUUGACAGCUUCCGUAGAUGCAACUCUCUCAGUUGCCAUGGAGACUGGACUUGUCUCGGCAUUCCCACACAACUCUGAAGCGCUUAUCUCUACUUGCUGCAGGUGGCUGACCUUGAAGCGUCUAGCACUUUUCAGCUUCCCAGGCUCCGACUCACGACGUAAACAACUCUUGGCAGCUUUUGGAGAAAGAGGCGUCUCUGAGCUUUCACUGCUCACUGCCCCCCCACUGCUCACGGGGUCUCGAGGACGUUUUUCUGCACCCCCUCUGAAGGGUAAAGGGCUCUCAACACUUGGCCUCUCUUCAGGUUUCACACACAGACACGUUGCAACAUCCACACAGCUCCCAGGCUCAGCAAAAGCACAAGCAGCAUUGCUAGCAACAAUAGCAGGAACAGUCCCUUCGCCCCCCUGUGGGGGCUCACAGCUCCGCCCAGCUGUGCAUCGGCACUCAAGAAUGUGGCCGGCGCCAUCUUGCCUCUCCCUUUCGGAUGCAGCCACUUCUCGGCCCUUGCUUCCCACUCCAGCUCCACAAGCUUCUUGGAGUGCUAGCCAAGCGGCCUCUGGCCUUCUUGCACCCAGGACAACAGGCACCAGAUGAGCAUCCACACUUUCUGCCAAAAAAGCAAGCACACGCUUCUCAACUUCACUUUGCUCUGCAGCCCUUUCAGCCUCUGCUUUCCCAGCUGCAUUCUGUGUGGGGUGAAUUACAUUCCACAGCUGCUCCCCCACCAGCAAAAGCUCCACUUGAAAGCUCCACUGCAGCCAAUUUUGGCUAGUCAGUCUCUGACAUGGCAGCUUAAGCUCAAAGCCAUGUUCACAGGGCUGAGCCAUUGCCCCCUUCUGUUGGCUUUUCCCAAAGGUACUCACUCAGCCAAACUGGAAACUCCGGACGUCAUGGCUCUUGGCUGCCAGCCUCCGUCGAUCUGCCUCUUUGAAGUCUCCGGCAGUCGAUCAAACUGACGAUCAGCAGAUAAAACUUCAAAGCCCUUCCUCACACGCUUCACGUUGACCCAUAACCAUGUUAGGUAAGAAUUUAUUGCUUUACUGUUGUGGUCCGGCACGCUCCCCUGCAACUCUGCAGGUCGUAAAGCAAUUAGCAGAAUUGCACAGCAGUUCGUGUAGAAAGGGCAGUAAAAGUCCCACACGUUUCUUCUUUCCUAGUAGCACUUUAUUUGCUCAAAAAUAGCAUAUUUACAGUUCAUAUACACCAUCUGAUUCCAGUUGCAUUUUGCGACCUUCUCUCUUAGCUUGCAGCUGCGGAACAAAGCUGCUUUCACUUUUCACUCAGCUCACAGCAUUCCAAGCUGUUUUCCUCACGUCCUGGCUUACUUCCCUUGUAAGCGCCUCCUCUCAGCCUCGAGACACAGAAGGUUAACCCUUCACUACACCCAACAAAUCUUCCUCAAAUUAUUCCUUUUUCUACCAGGAUUGGGCUGGUUUGAACUUCCCAGGCCAUCUUCAAUGUCAGCUUCAGAAUUGUUAGGAAAGCUAAGUAGCUUCAGGUUUUUGUUUUUGCUCCUGUCAGUCUUGGGUUGAACAAAGAGACGACUGACAUUGGAGAUGGAGGGGAUGCCGUGACUGGGCCAAACAAAACCCAUCCCAGAGAAGAGCUAGGCUCAUGGAAUCUCAGGUAGUAGUAGCAGUGAUGAGGAUGAGGAUGAUGAUAGUAAUAGUAAUACAGUGGUACCUCGGUUUACAAACUUAAUCUUUUCCGGAACAGGACAGUUCUUAAAUCGAGGUACCACUGUAGUAGUAGUAGUAGUAGUAAUAAUAAUAAUAACAAUAAUAAUAAUAAUAAUUUUUAUUUCUACCUCCCAUCUGGCUGGGGCUGCUCCGAUGAGAAUUGGGGCUGCUCCGAUGAGAAGGGAGGCAUCACGCUGCCCGAGCCUUGCGGCUGCUCUUGACCUUCCUUCUUUGCCUUCCAUGCCUGACCCACUGCGCAGCGCUUCCCCAUCACCACCACCGAAGAACCAACAACUCAGGGGCUACCCAGGCUCAUGGAGAAAGGAGAUAGAAGCCUUGGGCGGCUAACAACAAUAAAACAGUACAAAAGUACAGCAUAAACAACACUCUAAAAUCAUUCAUUAUAAAAUUAAUUAAUUCAAGCCACUGGCAACCAUUGGGCCAGAGCUCCGUGAAGAUUGCUGAGGGAGGGAGUCAGAAUGUAAUGCAAUGUAAUGCAAUGCAAUGACUUUUAUGAAGGAGUAUUUAUUAGAACAGCAAUCAUAAAGAAAAAACGUGAAACGUUUGGUAAACAUUUCUUAACGUUUAGCUUUAAUUACGGCCUUACAAUGCCUUCCCAUGAAGUGAACCAAGUUUUUAGUUCUGCAGCUGUAAGAAUGUCAAACCAAGACUGAAUUAUUGCCUCUGUUGAUUGGGCUUUAUUGCUGGGUUGCCUCUGAUUAACAAGUUUCUUUCAUCAGCUGCAUAGAUUUCCGAUUGGAUUAAAGUUUGGGCUAUUCCCAGACCAUUCCGGGAGUGGAAUGGGAUCAUCUUGAAAGCACCGUUUGCACACAGCAGCAACAGGUCAUGGAGCUGAAUCCUGUUGAAAUAAAUAAAUAAAUAUGCUUCAGUAUCUGGGAAAAGAUCACCUGCGGAACGCUUCAGUUUGGGCUCAAGCAUUUCAUUUAUAUAUUUGGGGGGCGUUUAAAGUUAAAGGGACCCCUGACUGCUAAGUCCAGUGGCGAAUGACUCUUGGGUUGUGGCACUCAUCUCGCUUUAUUGGCCAAGGGAGCCGGCGUACAGCUUCCAGGUCAUGUGGUCAGCAUGACCAAUCCUCUUCUGGCGAACCAGAGCAGCGCACGGAAAUGCCGUUUUAAACCAACCAACUUGUUAGCAAUCAACCAACCAACUUGUUAGCAAUCACGUAACACACUGACAAAAGUCAACCUAAGCAUGUUGUGCUUCCUUUUUCUGCUUAUUUGGCUAUAAUGUUUGAUAGAAUAAUUGAACAAACUUUAUUGGAUUGCAUUCUUGAUUAAAUUAUCUUCCCACUGAUAAAUAACUUUAUAAUAUUACUCGAAAAGAAGUGGGGUUAUGAGCCAUCAAACCUCUGAAAUACACUUUUUCCCCAAAAGGCUUCCACAGUUUUGGCCACUGUUGUUGUUGUUUAAUCGCUUAGUUGUGUCCGACUCUUCGUGAUCCCAGGGACCAGAGCACGCCAGGCACUUCUGUCUUCCACUGUCUCCCGCAGUUUGCUCAAACUCAUGCUCGUAGCUUCGAGAACACUGUCCAACCAUCUCGUCCUCUGUCAUCCCCUUCUCCUUGUGCCCUCCAUCUUUCCCAACAUCGUGGUCUUUUCCAGGGAGUCUUCUCUUCUCAUGAGGUGGCCAAAGUAUUGGAGCCUCAGCUUCAGGGUCUGUCCUUCCAGUGAGCACUCAGGGCUGAUUUCCUUAAGAUUGGAUAGGUUUGAUCUUCUUGCAGUCCAUGGGACUCCCAAGAGUCUCCUCUAGCAACAUAAUUCAAAAGCAUCCAUUCUUCGGUGAUAAGCCUUCUUUAUGCUCCAGCUCUCACUUCCAUACAUCACUACUGGGAAAACCAGAGCUUUAACUAUAUGGACCUUUGUUGGCAAGGUGAUGUCUCUGCUUUUAAAGAUACUAUCUAAGUUGGUCAUUGCUUUUCUCUCAAAAAGCAGGCGUCUUUAAAUUUCGUGACUGCUGUCACCAUCUGCAGUGAUCAUGGAGCCCAAGGAAAUAAAAUCUCUCACUACCUCCAUUUCUUCCCCUUCUAUUUGCCAGGAGGUGAUGGGCCCAGUGGCCAUGAUCUUCGUUUUUUUGAUGUUGAGCUUCAGACCAUAUUUUGCACUCUCCUCUUUCACCCUCAUUAAAAGGUUCUUUAAUUCAUCCUCACUUUCUGCCCUCAAGGUUGUGUCAUCUGGAUAUCUGAUAUUUCUUCCAGCAGUCUUAAUAUUGGCUUGAGAUUCAUCCAGCCCAGCCUUUCGCAUGAUGAAUUCUGCAUAUAAGUUAAAUAAGCAGGGAGACAGUAUACAGCCUUGCCGUACUCCUUUCCCAAUUUUGAACCAAUCAGUUGUUCCAUAUCCAGUUCUAACUGUAGCUUCUUGUCCGACAUAGAGAUUUCUCAGGAGACAGAUGAGAUGAUCAGGCACUCCCAUUUCUUUAAGAACUUGCCAUAGUUUGCUGUGGUCAACACAGUCAAAGGCUUUUGCAUAGUCAAUGAAGCAGAAGUAGAUGUCUUUCUAGAACUCUCUAGCUUUCUCCAUAAUCCAGCGCAUGUUUGCAAUUUGGUCUCUGGUUCCUCUGCCCCUUCGAAAUCCAGCUUGCACUUCUGGGAGUUCUCGGUCCACAUACUGCUUAAGCCUGCCUUAUAGAAUUUUAAGCAUAACCUUAUAGAAUUUCAAGCACUUGAUUUGAGUGCAGUUGUGCGGUAGUUGGAGCAUUCUUUGGCACUGCCCUUCUUUGGGAUUGGGAUGUAGACUGAUCUUCUCCAAUCCUCUGGCCACUGCUGAGUUUUCCAAACUUGCUGGCAUAUUGAGUGUAGCACCUUAACAGUAUCAUCUUUUAAAAUUUUAAAUAGUUCAUCUGGAAUAUCAUCACUUCCACUGGCCUUGUUAUUUGCAGUGCUUUCUAAGGCCCAUUUGACUUCACUCUCCAGGAUGUCUGGCUCAAGGUCAGCAACCACACUACCCGGGGUGUAUGAGACAUCCAUAUCUUUCUGGUAUAAUUCCUCUGUGUAUUCUUGCCACCUCUUCUUGAUGUCUUCUGCUUCUGUUAGGUCCUUACCACUUUUGUCCUUUAUUAUGGUAAUCUGUGUACAAAGUGUUCCUUUCAUAUCUCCAAUUUUCUUGAACAGAUCUCUGCUUUUUCCCAUUCUAUUGUUUUCCUCUAUUUCUUUGCAUAGCUUCUCUGAGUUAUUCAAGUCCCUUCGCCACGGCAAGGCAGUGAUCCAUGAAGGGGAUUUUGAUCACUACUGUGUAUCAAAGAAAGCAACAUUCAACAAUUCAUCAGAAUCCAAUAAUAAAUAUGUUGGUUAAUGACAAACAACACAGGUAAUGAACACAUACCCAAUUUGACGCGCAGUGUAAAUUAAUAAUGCAGAGUUCUUAUGUGAAAGAAUAAGAGCUUUACUGAAUUAAAAUUAACUUAUAAAAAACAUGGUUCCAAACAGUUUGACUGAGAUUACAUACUGACUCUGCUCACAACUGAGGUGGACUGACUCUGACUGAAAUCUUACAGAGAACACAGAGAGAAAAUGGCUGCCAAGUCACAUGUCAGAGUGACUCAACAGUUAGCAGUUAGGCCUGAAUGACUUUAGUAGACCCAAAUGAUUGUGCAUUCCCAGCACCUCCCAGCCUGUUUCCUGCUUCUGCUCUCAUGUGUCUUUGUCAUAUGACACAACACCCUUCAGUUCUUCUCCAUUUAUUCCGGAGGCUUUAAUCCCUUUUUGUCUCCAUUGCAGAUUCUGAUGAAUCGGAAAUCGAGAACAAAGGUGACCGUGAAAAAAUCCCCAGAGAGGAGAAGCCAGGUAAAAUUUUGGAGUGUGGAGAAAGCUGCAGUGAGAGCUCCCAUUACACUUACCAUCAACAAAAUCUUAUUGGAAAUAAACUCUAUCAGUGUGUGGAAUGUGGAAAAAGCUUCAGUCACAGCCAGAAUCUUGCUUCCCAUCAAAGAAUUCAUACAAGGGAGAAACCUUAUCAGUGUGUGGAAUGUGGAAGGAGCUUCACUGAUAGCUCUUCCUUCACCUCCCAUCAAAGGAUUCAUACAGGGGAGAAACCCUAUCAGUGUGUGGUAUGUGGAAAGAGCUUCAGUCAGAGCUCCCAUCUCACUUCCCAUCAAAGAAUUCAUACAGGGGAGAAACCCUAUCAGUGUGUGGAAUGUGGAAAGAGCUUCACUGAUAGCUCCUCUCUCACCUCCCAUCAAAGGAUUCAUACAGGGGAGAAACCUUAUCAGUGCAUGAAAUGUGGAAAGAGCUUUAGUCACAGCCACAAUCUCACUUCCCAUCAAAGAAUUCAUACAGGGGAGAAACCCUAUCAGUGUGUGGAAUGUGGAAAGAGCUUCAAUCAGAGCUCCGCUCUCACUUCCCAUAAAAGAAUUCAUACAGGGAGAAACCUUAUCAGUGUGUCGAAUGUGGAAAGAGCUUCAGUCACAGCCACCAUCUCACUUCCCAUCAAAGAAUUCAUACAGUGACCAAAUCCUAUCAGUGUGUGGAAUGUGGAAAGAGCUUCAGUCAGAGCUCCCAUCUCAGUUCCCAUCAAAGAAUUCAUACAGUGGGAAAACCCUAUCAGUGUGUGGAAUGUGGAAAGAGCUUCACUGAUAGCUCCUUUCUCACUUCCCAUCAAAGAAUUCAUAUAGGGGCAAAACCCUAUCAGUGUGUGGAAUGUGGAAAGAGCUUCAGAAACAGCCGCAAUCUCACUUCCCAUCAAAGAAUUCAUACAGGGGAGAAGCCCUAUCAGUGUGUACAAUGUGGAAAGAGCUUCAUUCAGAGCUCCUCUCUCACUUCCCAUCAAAGAAUUCAUACAGGGGAGAAACCCUAUCAGUGUGUGGAAUGUGGAAAGAGCUUCACUGAUAGCUCCUCUCUCACUUCCCAUCAAAGAAUUCAUACAGGGGCAAAACCCUAUCAGUGUGUGGAAUGUGGAAAGAGCUUCCGUCAGAGCUCCCAUCUCACUUCCCAUCAAAGAAUUCAUACAGGGGAGAAACCCUAUCAGUGUGUGGAAUGUGGAAAGAGCUUCAGUCAGACCUUCUCUCUCACUUCCCAUCAAAAAAUUCAUACAGGGUUGAAACCCUAUCAGUGUGUGGAAUGUGGAAAGAGCUUCACUUAUACCUCCUCUCUCACUACCCAUCAAAGGAUUCAUACAGGGGAGAAACCUUAUCAGUGUGUGGAAUGUGGAAAGAGCUUCAGUCAGAGCUCCCAUCUCACUACCCAUCAAAGAAUUCACACAGGGGAGAAACCUUAUCAGUGUGUAGAAUGUUGA